AUGGCAAAGCGAUCGUCAUCCUCCGAGGGCCAGGAAACCUCAUACGUGAACAUGACCGAGGUCGACCGCUCCCGAUACGCCGACGCCACCCUCGUCGGCAAGCACUGCGAGGCCGAGUACUGCAACCAGCUCGACUUCCUCCCCUUCUACUGCCAGUCAUGCGAGAAGACCUUCUGCCUGGACCACCGGACCGAGUCGGCCCACAAGUGCGCCAACGAGGGCGCCUGGGCGGAGCGCAAGCGCCUCGCCCAGCUGGCGCGGCCGAGCGCGGGGGACGGCAAGCAGCUGCGCGACCACGUGUCGCAGAAGCCCUGCGCGUCGCCCGACUGCAAGACGACCAUCGGCACGAGCCUCGUCCCCGGCGUGCACUGCCAGGGGUGCAACCGGGACUACUGCCUCAAGCACCGGCUCAAGGAGGAGCACGACUGCGACAACCUCGUGCCCCUCGGCGCGCGGCCGGGCCUGCAGGCCGCCGACAAGGCGCGCUCGGCCCUGCAGAAGCUGAGGCUGUGGGGCGCGGCGAAGCGGGAGGCGGCCGGGCGCGCUCUUCCUAAGGCGAAGCCCACGUCCGCCUCACAGCGCAUCGUCGCCGUCAACAACCUGAAGAAGACCGCCAAGGGCGACGAGAAGCUGGCGCCGGAGAAGAGGGUGUACCUGUUUGUGGAGGCCGAGGCAGCGACGACGACGGCUAAGAUACCCAAGGGCCAGUUCUUCUACUCCAAGGACUGGGUGGUAGGACGGGUCCUGGACGCUGCCGCGCGGAGCCUGCAGGUCGAGAACGUCAACAACCAGUCCAGCAACGAGCAGGACAAGCUGAGGGUGUUCCACGUCGAGGGCGGACGAGUACUGGAGUUCAGCGAGAAGGUCGGGGCCGCGCUUGUCUCAGGCAAUACGAUUGUGCUUUUACGCGGCGUUGGACCCGCGCCGGAUUUGAUUGAGAUGUAG